AAAACCACAAAGAAGAAGAAGGAGCAGCCGAAGAAGAACACGGGCUUCCAUACUGUUGUGAUGAGCUGAGGACGUUGACAAGAAUUUGUAUUUACUGAAAGUAUAUUUUCAGAACAGAUUAUGGACGUCGUUCUGUACCUAGUAGCCGCUGCUAUCCUCAUUGUCCUGAUUUUUUUCGUGCUGAAGGUGCGGAGGAAAACACAGGAAGCUGAUGGGGAGCACCGGCGGGAUGUUGUCCGGGCAGCACGGCCCCCCCAGCAGGCAGCAGAGGAGCGAGGAGCUGGUAUGCCUCGCAGGAGGAGGAACCUCGCUGCGAUGAUGGCUAACAGACAAGCACAGAGAGAAGCUGUGGAACAUGAGGAGCAACUUGUGGAGGAAGAGGAGCUGGAGCAGCCGAGCGUGCAGCCCACAGCUAAAAUUGGAGCCAAGAAGCAGAAGAAGCUGGAGGAGAAACAAGCCAAGAAAGCCCAGAGAGAGGCGGAGAUGGAGGAGAGGGAGGAGAGGAAGAGGAUGCAGGAGCUCAGAGAGCAGGAGAGACGGCAGGAAGAGGAUCGAGAGCGACUGCUGGAACAGAAACAGGAGGAGGAGGAGCGGCGAGCCAGAGAGGAGCAGGAGAGACGGGAGGAGGAGGAGUACUUAAGACUCAAAGCGUCUUUUGUCGUCGAAGACCAGGGAGAGGAGGAGCAGCUCAGUGAGGACCAGUCACGCAACCUGCUGAGAGAAUUCAUCCAGUACAUUGAGAGCUCCAAGGUGGUUCUCCUGGAGGAUUUGGCUUCUCAUUUUGGAAUGAGGACUCAGGAUGCGAUCACCAGACUGCAGGACCUGCUAGCUGAAGGCUCCCUCACAGGAGUGAUCGAUGACAGAGGGAAGUUCAUCUCCAUCACCCCAGAAGAGCUGGACUCUGUGGCUCAUUUCAUCAGGCAGAGAGGCAGAGUCUCCAUCACAGAACUGGCUCAGGCCAGUAACUCUCUGAUCAACCUGAUACCUGAGACCCGCAGCGCUGCCUGAUGGACACCAGACUGCUGCAGGACACCUUGACGGCAGUUCUGAGGAAUGGUGCCUGAUGUUUGUAUCUGCUGUACUUCAAGUUGCCUUCAUUCACCAGCAGCUGGUGGGCUCCAGAUUAUAUUUGAAUCAUCUAAAAGUUUAUGUAAACAUACUGAGUAAAGACUUUAAGUUAACAUGCGCAUCAACAUGAACAACAAUGGAAAAAAAAUAGGGUUUGAGUUUCCUGUUUUUGUCUCAUCUUCUCUGAAUUUGGUUUAGUUUAUGAUAACCUGACUUUUAUGGUGAUGAUCAUAAAUUAUUUCCUAGAAGAAGAGGAUAAAUUGUGCUAAUUAAACAGAGAACACUUGAGUGUGGACAGACGUGGAUGUAAAAAUACAAUUAACAUAAAAUUUAUUACACCUUCCUAAUGAAACAAAGAAUAGACUGAUGAGUGAGGCACAUCAGGCAUUUCAUUUCAUCAUUAAAGUUAUUUUCUGUUAUGAAAUCCA